AGCAACCUGAGCCUCAGGUAUUCAAUCUUUGAGAGCUCUCUCCUCCCGUCGUCGAACCUUCCUGCAUCACGAGGCAAACAGCCACAACAGCAAACCCACUACCCCCCAUUCACAUCAACGAAAGCCGACUCCGACAGAGCUCCGAUAGUCAAGUUCCCCGUUCAGCUUGAUUCUUUUCGAGGCCGUGUCACCUGACAUUUCCUUCCGCUUCUCGCCCAACCGACACAGCAACCUGAUCCGGGAUUCCGCAACCUAGCCAAAGACACCUAAUCCGUACCUGCUCCCCGGGCGCGACUCCACGAUCGAAUCCGAUUGCUGUCAUCCCGAGCAGCACUCUGUACACUUCCCUUACACACACUCACAUACCGCCAACCGGUUGAGCAAACAUGCCGGGCAAAACACCCUCGCGCAGCGGGAAGGAUCCCCUCGAGAACGGCGUCCCCAACAGCAACAAGGACGCUGAGUCGAAGGACGCCAAGAGCAAGAGUAAGAAGGCGGCGAAGGACGGCGACGAGGAGAUGACUGUCGUUGUUCCUCCCUCCAAGAAGGCAGCCGCCAUCCCAGCGGAUGCCGACGGCGACGUUGCGAUGGGCGAUGAGAACAAUGCAGAUGACGCAGAGGUCAAGGUCGACCCUGUGGUGCAGGCUGUGGCAGACAUCAAGAGCAAUUUCGCUCUGCUAGACCGCGCCGUCGCCCUCUUUGAUGCCAGAUUCUCCCUCCGAGCGUUGCGGUCCAUCUCGACCAUCCGCAAGCGCCUGACCCCCGAUAUCAUCGCCCAGGCCAUCGUCGAGACCUUCCCAGCGACCGUCACCUCCGGCAACGUUGCCAAGCAGCUCUUGAUCGCCGUUGGCCGCGAAAAUGUGCCCCUCGGCAAGUCCACCAGCCCCGAGAUGGAGGUCGACAGCGAGCCCGCCAAAGCCAAGAAUGCCCCGAAGAAGGAGACCAAGGACGUCAUCCCGGAGAUUGACAUCUUCCUCGGCAUCCUCAUCCAGGUGUACCUCUACGACUCGAGGCAGUUCCAGCGCGGAGCCGACUUCUCCAAGCAGCUUUCGGAACGCAUCCACACCCUCAACCGCCGCACAUUAGACUCCCUCUCCGCCAAGGUCUACUUCUAUUAUUCAAUGUUCUGCGAGAACCUCGCUCCCCAGGCCCCCUCUUCCCAGUCUCCGAUCGUCGCUAUCCGGCCGACUCUGCUGGCCGCCCUGCGCACCGCCGUGCUCCGCAAGGACAUCGACACGCAAGCUUCGGUCAUUGUGCUUCUGCUUCGCAGCUACCUGCUGACGUCCCACAUUGCGCAAGCCGAUUUGCUCGUUUCCCACACACAGUUCCCCGAGAACGCUGCCAACAACCAGGUCGCCCGCUUCCUGUACUACCUCGGACGCAUCCGCGCCAUCCAACUCCGAUACACCGAGGCACACGAGCACCUCACGGCCGCAACGAGAAAGGCGCCCUCCAGCGCCUGCGCCGUUGGCUUCUCCCAGACGGCCACCAAGCUUCUGUUGGUUGUUGAGCUGCUGAUGGGUGACAUCCCUGAGCGGUCCACCUUCCGCCAGCCCACUCUGGAGCUUUCCCUGCACCCGUACUUCCUCCUCGUCCAGGCCGUCCGCGUCGGCAAGGUCCAGAACUUUGAGACAAUCAUUGCGGAUCACGCCGACACCUUCCGCCGGGAUGGCACCUACAGCCUGAUUCUGCGUCUGCGCCAGAACGUCAUCAAGACGGGUAUCCGCAUGAUGUCUCUCUCGUACUCUCGCAUCUCGCUCCGCGACAUCUGCAUCCGCCUCGACCUCGGUAGCGAAGAGUCGGCCGAGUACAUCGUCGCCAAGGCCAUUCGCGAUGGAGUUAUCGAGGCUACCCUCGACCGCGAGCAUGGUUACAUGAAGAGCAAGGAGGUCGGCGAUGUCUAUGCUACGCGGGAGCCCGGCGAAGCCUUCCACGACAGAAUCCGCGCGUGCUUGGCUCUGCACGACGAAAGUGUCAAGGCUAUGCGUUUCCCCAUGAACCAACACCGCCUCGAGUUGAAGAACGCCCAGGAAGCGCGCGAGCGCGAGCGCGAGAUGGCCAAGGAGAUACAGGACGGUGAUUUGGAUGAGGACGACCUCGGCGGCGACUUUGAGGGAAUGUAACAACGCUUAUCGAUACUUUUUCUGCUGUGUUACCAACAACAGUUUUGCCGAUGCCCGACCGGCCUGCGUUACAACCUCGAACAAGUGGCCUGGAAACACGGCGGGACUGCUUGAUCUUGGGAUUUUCGAUGAAGGGGCGGCGCUGGGAGGGGAAAGGGGCCUUUGGCAAAUGAUUCCGGGCGUGUGAUAGACAUCUUUUUCUUCCUUACGCGGGGCACGCAUGCUGUGGUGUUUUACCAGUUGGCAGCGAGGAAUUGGGAUCCCCGCCAUCCUAGGAGAGAGGAUGGGGAGGCGGGGAUUCUGUGAUGGCGGGGCGUGUACGUCUGAGUUGAGCCAGGCCGCAGUCACAUACGGCCCUGUGUACUAGAUAACGCAAGACUUGGAGGGGGUUGCCCGAUUCAGUAUUGCUAUUCUUCCGACUCCUGAGGUGCGUUUGUGAAUGAUAUCUGAUUGCUCUAAUAUUGAUCCAGAG